GCAUACUCUUUGACUUGUCUAUACCAAAGUGGAUACACAUUACUACCGAAUCCUUUGUGAUGAUGAAGAAUCUUAGGUUGCUCAAAAUCAUUUUGGAUCGUGAAUCUACUUCUAUGAGGGAUGAUUAUAAAGUAAAGUUGUCCAAAGACUUUGAAUUCCCUUCUUAUGAGCUAAGAUAUCUCUACUGGCAUGGAUAUCCUUUGGAAUAUUUGCCAUCAAGUUUUUAUGCGGAGGACCUUGUAGAACUUGACAUGUGUUAUAGCAGCUUAUAACAACUCUGGGAAAAUGACAUGCUUCUUGAAAAGUUAAAUACUAUCAGACUGAGUUGCUCUCAACACCUCAUUGAAAUUCCAGACAUCUCAAUUAGUGCACCCAAUCUGGAGAAACUAAUUCUUGAUGGUUGUUCAAGUUUGCUUGAGGUUCACCCAUCUAUUGGAAAGCUGAACAAGCUUAUUUUAUUGAAUUUGAAAAACUGCAAAAAGCUUGUUUGUUUUCCGAGCAUCAUCGACAUGAAAGUGCUUCAAAUUCUUAAUUUCUCUGGCUGCUCAGGGCUCAAGAAGUUUCCAAAUAUUCAAGGUAACAUGGAAAAUUUAUUGGAGCUUUAUUUAGCUUCAACUGCUAUUGAGGAACUUCCCUCCUCAAUUGGGCAUCUCACUGGACUUGUUUUAUUGGAUCUGAAAUGGUGCAAAAAUCUUAAGAGUCUUCCCACAAGUAUUUGUAAGUUGAAAUCCCUUGAAUAUCUCUUUCUUUCUGGCUGUUCAAAACUUGAAAGUUUUCCAGAAAUGAUGGAGAAUAUGGACAAUUUGAAAGAGCUUCUUUUAGAUGGGACACCUAUCGAAGUGCUACCCUCGUCAAUUGAACGUCUAAAAGGCCUCAUUUUAUUGAAUCUGAGGAAAUGCAAAAACCUUGUGAGUCUUUCAAACGGCAUGUCUAAUUUGACAUCUCUUGAAAAACUUAUUGUCUCUGGUUGUUCACAAUUAAACAAUUUGCCAAGGAACAUCGGGUGCCUGCAAUGCCUAGCACAGCUCCAUGCAGAUGGAACUACUAUAACACAACCACCUGACUCAAUUGUUCUUUUGAGAAACCUCCAAGUGUUGAUAUAUCCAGGAUGUAAAAUAUUAGCACCUACCUCAUUGGGCUCGCUGUUUUCGUUCUGGUUAUUGCAUAGAAACAGCUCAAAUGGGAUCAGUUUGCGCUUGCCUUCUGGUUUUUCUAAUUUCAGGUCCUUCACAAAUUUAGACCUAAGUGACUGCAAACUAAUAGAAGGAGCAAUCCCCAUGGAUAUUUUCUCCUUAAUCUCAUUGAAGAAAUUAGAUCUAAAUAGAAACAAUUUUCUAAGCAUACCUGCUGGCAUCAAUGAACUUACAAACCUAAAAGACCUUCGGCUGGGGCAGUGCCAGAGUCUCAUAGAAAUCCCAGAGCUUCUACCAAGUGUCCGAGAAGCAGUGACAGAGAAGGACUCAAUGGAGGUGGAAUGGACCCUAGUUCUAGUGGCAGCAGUCAUGGACCCACCAACGAUCCCACGCUCAAGCUCAAGCGCAAACGCCUUUAAGAAGGACUACCAAUAA